GUUCUAACCCACACCCGCCCACAGUUUUAUAUUUUCUUCACAAAAACAAGACAAUCUUGUUUGGUCCGCUUUUGCUUUUCUGCCUCUCACAGAGCAUCCAUAUCUCUUCUCUCUGAAUCCCCUUUAUCCGAUCCCGACACAAUUACAAUCUCCCUUCCUUCUUCUUCCUCAUAAUUUCUCCUGCUGCCAAUAACACCUACAACCUUAUCAUUUUACCAACGAAUCACUCUUUUCGUGGACCCUUAUGAUUUUUUUGACAAAAACAUCGGUCUUUCAGAUCUGACUUCUCUCUACCAAUAAUCCACAUUGCACAAUAUCUUCUUCUCCUUUUCGUGUAUCACUGUCACCAUACGACACCCUUUUGCCUGGCCGGGUUUGAUUCAUCUCAAGUUUGUUUUUUGUUUCAACUGGGCUGGGAAAACAAUGGUGACGGUGAAUCUGGGAAUGCUUCAUUAUGUGUUGGACCACAUUUAUGGAGCAUUCAUGCACCGAACUAAGAUGAGCACCCCGUUCUUCUCGCGAGGGUGGGGUGGCACGAAACUUGAGAUGCUGGAGAGGAUGCUAAACCAGUUGUUCCCGGAAGUGGCGGGGCAGAAUUGGCCUCCGAGGUUGAUUGAACCGGUUUGGAGAACCAUUUGGGAGACGAAGAAUGCGAGUUUGAGAGAAGGGGUUUUCAGAACCCCUUGUGAUGACCAACUGCUAGGUGCAUUGCCUCCCGAGUCCCACACUGCAAGGGUUGCAUUCCUCAUGCCCAAGUCUGUCUCUCCCAACAGAAUGGCCUGUGUUGUUCAUCUUGCAGGAACCGGAGACCAUACAUUUGAGAGAAGAUUGCGUCUUGGUGGACCACUGAUGAAGGAAAACAUUGCAACCAUGGUACUUGAGAGUCCAUUUUAUGGUCAAAGACGGCCUGUGCUGCAGCGUGGUGCAAAACUUUUGUGUGUCAGUGACUUGCUUUUAUUAGGAAGAGCAACCAUUGAAGAGGCACGCAGUCUCUUACACUGGUUGGACUGUGAGGCAGGUUUUGGCAAGAUGGGUAUUUGUGGACUUAGCAUGGGAGGAGUACAUGCUGCCAUGGUUGGAUCACUUCACCCUACACCUGUUGCAACACUCCCUUUUCUGUCUCCACAUUCUGCUGUUGUGGCAUUCUGUGAGGGGAUUUUAAAGCAUGGUACUGCCUGGGAAGCACUGAGGGAGGAUCUUGCAACUCAGAAGGUUGCAAUGACUCUCGAGGAUGUUAGAGAACGAAUGAGAAAUGUUCUCUCUCUCACAGAUGUCACGCGUUUUCCAGUUCCCAAAAGUCCCAAUGCUGUAAUUUUUGUUGCUGCCACUGAUGAUGGAUACAUCCCCAAGCACUCAGUUCUGGAACUUCAGAAAGCUUGGCCAGGUUCUGAGGUGAGAUGGGUCACAGGUGGGCAUGUCUCAUCCUUCAUUCUCCACAACGAUGAGUUUCGAAGAGCCAUCAAAGAUGGUCUCGAUAGAUUACCAUGGAAAGAGUCUCAGUUGUGACAGGAUCGUUGCACAAGAAGAAAUUGCCUUUUACAUUGUUUAUCGAUACAUUGAUCCUCUCUUUUGGUUUUCACCUGAACUAAUAACAUGCAUAAUUGACCUCAGAUCUCCGUCCCCAAAUGAAGAGGGAAGGAGUUGUUGUAAAUAAUCAUCAAGAAAAAAAUGUACAUUGUAACAUUGAAGUUAAAAUGAUGGGGAGAGAAUUCUGUGAAAAAACUGAUACAAUUGUUGGAUAGGAUUUAACUGUUCUGAUCUCUGUUAAAAGUUUUCACUUGUGAUCCA